UCCUUUUCAGCCAGCACCGUAGCAGCGGGUGUGUGCGUGGCUUUAAUGGACUGGUGAAAUUUGUCAAAAUCACCCCCAAAUUCAGACACUUUUGAGUUUCGCUACGAGCCACCAACAUGCCGGCGUAUUUUCAACGGCCAGAGAAUGCUCUGAAACGAGCGAACGGUGAAGUUUUGGAGGUGGGCAAGAAACAGCCAGCCUUGGAUGUCUUGUACGAUGUCAUCAAGAGCAAGAAACAUCGAAGGCAGAAGAUCCACGAGCCAUCAUGCUCAAAUACCUGGAGCUGUGGCGUGGAUCUUCGCAAGAGUCAUCUGGCCAAGGAGGGUCUCUACCAGUACAAGAACAUCUGCCAACAGGUGAAUAUUAAAUCUCUGGAGGAUGUGGUCAGGGCUUACCUGAAGUUGGCAGAGGAGAAGACAGAGACGGCAAAGGAGGAGUCUCAGCAGAUGGUCCUGGACAUCGAGGAUCUGGACAAUAUUCCAGACUCCGAAAGUGUCCUCCUGAGUGCUGUGAGUGGAGAAGACACCCAGGAUCGUACGGAUCGUCUGCUGCUCACUCCCUGGGUGAAGGUCCUGUGGGAGUCUUCGCAGUGCCUGGACCUGCUGCGAAACAACUCCAAGGUGGAGCGCCUGUACCAUGACAUCGCCCAGCAAGCGUUCAAGUUCUGCCUUCAGUACACGCGCAAAGCUGAGUUCCGUAAGCUCUGUGACAACCUGCGCAUGCAUCUGGGCCAGAUCCAGCGCCACCACAACCAGAGCACCGCCAUCAACCUGAACAACCCUGAGAGCCAGUCUAUGCAUCUAGAGACACGUCUGGUGCAGCUGGACAGUGCCAUAAGCAUGGAGCUCUGGCAGGAAGCAUUUAAGGCUGUGGAGGACAUCCAUGGCCUGUUUGCUCUUUCCAAGAAGCCUCCUAAACCCCAGUUGAUGGCCAACUAUUACAACAAGGUCUCUACUGUCUUCUGGAAAUCUGGAAAUGCUCUUUUCCACGCCUGCACCCUCCACCGCCUCUAUCACCUCUCCAGAGAAAUGCGCAAGAAUCUCACCCAAGAGGAGAUGCAGAGGAUGUCCACCAGAGUCCUCCUGGCUACACUGUCCAUUCCCAUCACCCCUGAGCGCACUGAUAUUGCUCGGCUGCUGGAUAUGGAUGGGAUUAUUGUGGAAAAGCACCGCAGGCUGGCCACUCUCCUGGGCCUGCAGUCCCCGCCAACCCGCCAGAGCCUCAUCAACGACAUGGUGAGGUUUAAUCUGCUGCAGUAUGUCGUACCUGAAGUGAAAGAACUCUACAACUGGCUUGAGGUCGACUUCCAUCCUCUGAAGCUGAGUGGGAGAGUGACCAAGGUGUUGGACUGGGUGAGAGAUCAGGCUGAAAAGGAGUCUGACCUCCAGCAGUACGUUCCUCACCUGCAGAAUAAUACCAUCCUGAGACUCCUGCAGCAGGUGGCACAGAUCUAUCAGAGUAUCGAGUUCAGCCGUCUGGCUUCCCUGGUUCCAUUUGUGGACGCCUUCCAGCUGGAGCGCUCCAUUGUGGACGCAGCCCGUCACUGUGAUCUGCAGGUUCGAAUCGACCACAGCUCUCGAACGCUGAGUUUUGGUUCAGACCUGAACUACUCGACUAAAGAAGAUGCUCCGGUCGGGCCUUUCCUGCAGAACAUGCCUUCAGAACAGAUAAGGAACCAACUGACCGCCAUGUCCGCUUCUUUGGCCAAGGCCAUCCACGUCAUCAAGCCCACAUCCAUCCUGCAAGAGCGUGAGGAGAACCACCAGCAAGCCAUCGCUGCCUACCUGAAAAAUGCCCGCAAGGAUCACCAGCGCAUCCUGGCUCGUACAACCAUCGAAGAGCGCAAGGAGCGUCUGGAGAGCCUGAACAUUCAGCGUGAAAAGGAGGAGCUGGAGCAGCGCGAGGCCGAGAUGCAGAAGGUCCGAAAGGCUGAGGAGGAGCGUCUGCGGCAGGAAGCCAAAGAGAGGGAGAAGGAGCGCAUCAUGCAGGAGCACGAGCAGAUUAAGAAGAAGACGGUCCGGGAACGACUGGAACAGAUCAAGAAGACUGAGCUGGGAGCCAAAGCCUUCAAGGAUAUCGACAUUGAGGACCUGGAGGAGCUGGACCCUGACUUCAUCAUGGCCAAACAGGUGGAACAGCUGGAGAAGGAGAAGAAGGAGCUUCAGGAGCGACUGAAGAACCAGGAGAAGAAGAUCGACUACUUUGAGAGGGCGAAACGGCUCGAGGAAAUUCCUCUUAUCAAAAAGGCUUAUGAAGAGCAGCGCAUCAAGGACAUGGAAUUAUGGGAGCUCCAGGAGGAGGAGAGGAUCAGUAACAUGAAAGUUGAGAGGGAGAAGGCUCUGGAGCACAAGAAGCGCAUGUCCAGGAUGAUGGAGGACAAAGAGAACUUUUUAUCUAAAAUAACAGCUGCUCGUAGUUUCAUUUAUGAGGAAAAACUGAAGGCAUUCGAAGAGCGCCUGGUCGAGGAGAGGAAGAAGCGUCUGGAGGAAAGAAAGAAGCAGCGCAAAGAGGACAGACGCAACGCCUUCUACCGCCAGAAAGAGGAGGAGGCUCAGCGCAUCCACGAGGAGCAGCUCAAGAAAGAACGUGAAGAGCGUGAACGCCAGGAACAAGAGCAGCGCGAGGAAGAGGAACGCGAAUAUCAGGAGCGUCUUCGUAAGCUUGAGGAGCAGGAGAGGAAGCAGCGUGCCCGUCAGCAGGAGAUCGAAGAGAGAGAACGCCGUCGUGAGGAGGAGAGGAGGGCGCCAGAGGAAAGACCAAAGGACUGGGGUGAUAAAGACGAAGGACCCAGAGAGGGAGGAUGGAGGAAGCGCACUGAAGGAGGUGACUCUGACUGGCGCCGUCCUGUGUCUGACAGGGAUUGGAGACAAGAGGGCCGUGAUGACGACAGAGAGGACAGGGAGGUGCCCUUCAGACGUGGGGACGGGCCCCGCAGAGACGACCGAGGUCCCCGCCGGGGCUUCGAUGACGACCGAGGCCCUCGUCGUGGCGGUGACGACGACCGUCCCAUGCGCAGGGGGAUGGACGACGACCGCCCGCGCAGAGGCUUCGACGACGACCGAGGUUCUCGUCGUGGCGGUGAUGGCCGUCCCAUGCGCAGGGGAUUCGAUGACGACCGCCCGCGCAGAGGCUUCGAUGACGACAGAGGCCCCCGAAGAGGCAUGGACGACAGGCCUCCGAGGCGCGGGGCCGAUGACGACUGGGGCCCCAGAAGAGGAGGAGAUGACGAUAGAGGUGGAAGGAGAGGCAUGGAUGACGGGCCUCGUCGUGGCGGUGAUGACUCCAAACCAUGGAAGCCCCUCGGCAGACCUGGUAGGUGUCUACUCAUGUGACAGGAGGAUAUUCACAA